AAUCACAUCACUAUUGUUCACAAGUUGUUUACGUUUUGCGUGUUUGGUGUUGGUUAUUUUCAGAUUCGUUUGAAAAAAGGAAAAUACUGAAGAAAAGCUGACUGUUUUCUUACAACUACUGAUGUUUUACUGUUCAGCUACAUAAAUUAAGCUGGAAUUUUCUCUAAAAUCCGCCCAAUAAUACAAUAAUCGUAAUAGAAAGUCCGUGCAAUAUGAGUCUUUCAGAUGGUGGAGAAGAUGACUUCAGUAGUGAUGAAUCGCCGGUUCCUGCUAAAAGGCCGAGGACCAACACCCUCGGUGCUUCCUCUACUACAUCAUUCAGUUCAGUACCUCAAGAAUCAGACGAUGAACUACCGGCAGCCAAUAAUGGAUUUGGUUCAGCAGAACUUAAAGAUACAACCACAUUAUCAACUCAACCGAGCAUGCGGCUGAGCCGGAGCAGCAGUGAAUCUUCCACAGACUCAUUCCGACCCGGCUUCGAGGAGCAUGAGGCAGAUAGUGCGGACGAACGGAGACCUCAGUUCCAAACUGCCUCUGAAAAUGACAAUGAUAAUGCUGAUGGAGCUGACAUAAAUGGAGGAUAUUCAGAAAAAGCCAAGCGUAUGAUGAGCCAAAUGGGAUUUAAGCCAGGUAGAGGUUUGGGUAAAUUUGAACAUGGUCGGACAGAACCUGUGGAAGCGUCUACUCAGAAGGGACGGAGAGGAUUGGGACUUAAACCCUCCAUUGUGGGCACUGUUCCUCAAGACUUUAAGUGGAGUCCAGAUGAUGAGAAACCAGAAGUUAAGGAAGAAGUUUUAUGGAUACCGACGGCACCUAAAGAACCUUUUACUGGUGAUGUACUGGAGGAAUGGUUACAAAAAGGGCCAAAAAAAUUAACAAUAGAAGAUGAAACAGAUUUUGUGGAUGAGCAAAUACUGAAAGGUGUUUUAAAUGCAAAGACAAUAUUUGACAGUCUUGAUGAUGAAGAUCUAAGGAAUGCAAGGUUUAGAAGUAAUCCGUAUGAAACUAUUGGCUCAGUGAUCUUCCUGAACAGAGCGGCCGUGAAGAUGGCCAACAUUGAUGCCGCCUUUGAUUUUAUGUUUACAAAACCAACAAAAAAAGAAAAUGGAGAAAGUGCAUUGAGUAAAAAAGAGAUUCUAUAUUUUGCAGAUGUUUGUGCUGGCCCUGGUGGGUUUUCUGAAUAUGUUUUGUAUCGGAAAGGCUGGAGAUCUAAAGGCUUUGGGUUCACAUUAAAAGGUUCCAAUGACUUCAAGUUAUCUGACUUCUACGCGGGUACCGCCGAAACAUUCAAUCCCUACUAUGGUGUAGAGGGAGACGGCAAUAUCUUCAACCCCGCCAAUCUCACCUCUCUGAAGGACCAUGUACUUAAACAUACUGAAGAUAAGGGCGUACAUUUUCUGAUGGCGGAUGGUGGAUUUUCAGUGGAAGGCAAUGAAAACAUCCAAGAAAUAUUAUCAAAACAGCUGUACCUGUGUCAAUGCCUGGCCGCUCUCAUGCUAGUAAGGACUGGAGGGCAUUUCGUUGUGAAGCUGUUCGAUGUCUUCACCCCCUUCAGUGUGGGACUUAUCUAUAUCAUGUACCACUGCUUUGAGCAAGUGUGCAUAAUGAAGCCGGUGACCUCCCGCCCCGCCAACUCGGAACGCUACCUGGUCUGCAAGUGGAAGCGCAGCGGCACGGAGCCCUGCGAGCGUCACCUGUUCUCCGUGAACGCCGGCAUGUGGACGGAGCGAGGCGCCACGCACGUGCUCGAGCUCGUGCCCACGGCUGUGUUGCAGGCUGAUACGGAGUUUUAUCAGUAUAUUUAUACUAGUAAUUGCAAGUUGGGUGACAAACAAAUUAAGAACCUGUUGAAGAUAGCACAGUUCAGCAAAGACAAGAACCUGAAAGAUCCGACACAAACUGAAAUACGGGAGCAGUGUUUACGACUGUGGCAGCUGCCUGACGAAGUGAGGACGCAGCCCGAGCGCCUGACCCCCGACGAUACUCUAGUCAAAAUACUGGACACGAUAAAACCCCGGCCCCAGCACGCGUCCAGUCCGAUCACAUUCAAAAGCAGUGUUUUAGGCAAACGGGAAUAUCUGAACUCGGCAAUCGAUCUAAAGAUAUUUAAAAGUGUUUAUGACUGGCACUUUGUGUUCUUAGAAAGUGGCAGAAAUAGUCCAGAUUUGAAGUUUUUUAUAGGUUGUGGAGGAAAACAGGUUUAUCAGUUAAGAGGAAUAAAAUGGGAAAUAGCUUCCGAUUUGCACAUCACUAUGCCGCCCAAAACUCUGGUUUUUGGAGAGGUGGUGAAAGAGUACCGUGGCCAAGGCAAUCAACAGAUAUACAGUAAAGCUCUGCAUGUGAUAGACGCGAUAAUGCUGGGAGGAAUCGACAUCUCACAUCUUCCGCUCACAGAGAGAUUAAACCAGUGCAGUUUGUUCUGCGCGGCGCUGCACAAGCCGUUCGACGAGCACGCGGUGCCGCUGCGCUGCAAGCGGCUGCUGCAGCUCGAGCACUUCCCCGCCGCCGUCGCCGACCUCGAGUACCGCGCCAUGAAGCGCAUACGCAAGGCUGUGACCGUGGCGGUGCCGGAUAGAAAUCAUGGAGAGGAGAGGUUCCACAUCGUGGGAUCUGUAUUCUUCAUAAAGGAGAUAAAAGAGCCCUGGGAGUCGCGCAUGUCCAAGAAGAGCGGCCACAAAUACUACUUCGGCUUCGGCAAAGACAAGAAGCCUCGCAGCGAGUACUACAUCCCUGAGGAGGCUCGACUGGACAUGACAAGCGCGUUUCUGUGCAGCGCGCAGUGGCCCUGGGAGCCCGCCAGCGCCGUGCUCGAUGGUCUACGUCAUGAUGGACUCACAAGGGCAGAGCUGGAGACGUACAUCGAACAUAAUAUCAAUAGAUAAACUAUGUAUAUGAGUGGCAGCUGAAUAAAAUAAGUGAAUGAAUUACAGAA